CCGCGGGGGAUUCUGGGAAAGAGAAAAAAGGGAUUUUCCGUGUUUAAAAAGCAACGCUGAUCAAGAUAUUGGUAACAAUUGAAGCAUGUUUACUGUGAGAAGAAAGGAUUAAGAAAGUUCUAAGUUAAGGUGAAAGUUUCUUAAAACAAUAUGGCGGCUCACAUGACAUCCCCAAUUAUACUUCUGUGCUUGUUUAUCAUUGUAAAUGGAGUAAAAAAUGAAGAUCAAGAUGCUGAUGCUUCUAAAAUACUGACCAAGGCAUCCAAAAUAUCCGAACUUUAUAUUGGUGAUUUAUUGCGAACAAAUGGCAAAACAGACCUAGACUCUGCCAGCACACACCAUUAUCAGGCAUCUUCAACACCAAAUUACAUUAAUGCCGACAAACUAUUGGGCAAUGUUAACAAUCCCAGGCAAUUAAGAAACCCUGCACAGACAAGAUCGGAAUAUCUUCCUCCUUUAGCUGAAGAUUUUCAGAUUAAUAGGGAAGUGAAAAGGUCCGAACAAGUUCCUGUAAAUAUGUUCGAAACAUUCUUAGAAAAACAAGGCGGUAUAUUAGAAAGAAACGUUUUAGCUUCUGAACAAAGCCCUCCUCCAUCUCGAAGAUCAUAUUCUAAUGAUUAUCCACACAACGAAAAAGCAAACUGCAAUAAAAAUUUACAUCAAGCUAGCACUAAUAAGCGUCCUGAGUAUUCCCAUUCGCGAAGACGACAUCCUCAACAAUCUUCUCAAUCCGAAUAUGACUCACCACCCAGUCAUCACCCAUAUACCACCAAUGAAGGUGAUUCUAGACCCUAUUAUUCAAGUCACAGCGAUAGUGGUCCGGUUCAUACUAGUUCUAAAAGUAAAGCUAUUGAUUCAGAUUCAGCAUCUAAAUCUUUAAGUUCGUAUACGAAGUCAAAAAGUUUUUCUAAAUCAUCCACAUCAACUCCCAAUAGAACUCGCCAAAAGGCUAUUAUUCUAGGACCACCGGGUCAACAAAACUACGAAACUCCAUAUAAUCCAAAUAAAAGCGAAGAAGACAGUAGUGCGUAUAGUGGCUCUUAUGCUCCUAACAGCUACGAAAAUGAUGCCCCUGGUCAGCGUGAAACAUAUCAUCCAUCAGGUCAUCCUGAUAGGUCUUAUCGAGACUAUUCACCCCCUGACCAUACCAGACCAGCAGGAGCGAAACACCAUUCACUUCCAAAAGCUGGAAAGACAUAUUCACCACAACCCGCUCCUUACUCAACAUUAGAACAUAGUUCUGGAAAUCAGCAUUCUCAUUGCAGAGGCCCUCAUUGUAGUAAUUCUUAUUCACCAUCCAGAGAGCCUCAGCCAGAAUAUUCUCGCCAUCAGCAACCUGAAAGAUAUGAAGCACCAAGUAGACCUAAACCCCAUAAGCAAAGCCGACACAGAGGAACUCCAGGCUAUGAAGCACAACCCCAAUACACGUUAGAAAAUGGACGUCCAAGUCAAAAUUAUGGACCAUAUCCUCCUGAAAGAAACUAUGAGGGUCAUCCCUCAAACUAUCAGAGAGACGCACAAAGAAUAAAACAUCCUUCAGAAGGAAAGCAUAGGCAACAAAACUAUGACUCUCAAGGAAGUAGGCCUUCUCCAUAUCCUGAUCAAUCAAGGGAAGGAUCAAAUUAUGAACCAAGAUCACUUAAAAUUUCUCGGCCCUUUGAAACAUAUGAUACACAAAUUAGGCCUAGUAGAGAGGUUAAGCCUCGAAAAGAAAUGGUAUACCAGAAAGACGCUAGGUCACCCACAUCAGACAGGGAAAUUCCAUCGGUUGAAGAGAGCCGACAAGAAGGGAAACUGCCAGUUGGAUCAUCUACAUCAAAAUCAGUAUCAUUCUCGGAGAGUCGAAGUUACCAUUUAGAUCAUGAUGAUGUCUCUCAGCCUGCCCUUCCUCACGGCCAACAAAUGACGGAUCAAAACCCAAGAGAAGUUCAAUCUAGAAAUCCAGGACACGCUAUGGCAUAUAAGCCGUAUAAUUCAGAAUACCCUGCGAGCUAUGCCAAUGAACAACGUCAACAUCCAUUGCAUAGCAACAUUGAACAACGUCAACAUAAAUUGCAUAGCAACAUUGAACAACGCAACCAGCCAUUGCGUAGACCUCAGCUCUCAAACAGUCGAUAUCCAGAACAGCGCGCAAGUCCUCAAGCAAGAGGUGAUGGAUCAGCAGGUCACCAUGUUAACACGAAAAGCACCCAUGAAUAUAAAAGUGACAUAACUGGGUAUAAAGAUGAAUACGCUAGCCAUGAACCAUUGGAACUUGAUGAUGAAUUUUUUAGAAAGUAUGGAAUAUCCAAGAAAGCUAAAAUAAUUGUGGCGACUGCUAAACAACCUAAUCUUUUCGAAGCUGAUGGCAGUAAAUUGAAAGAAGGCGAAUCCAAUGCAGGCCUUCAUCCCGAAGAACCAUAUAGUCCUGAAUCUUAUGGUCAAGGUCCUGAAUCUUACGGUCCUGAACCAUAUCAACACGGACCUUACGAACAUAAUCCUGAAACGUCACUCGAGCAUAAUCCCGAAACCCCAUAUGGUCAUAAGCCUGAAACCCCAUAUGGUCAUAAACCUGAAACCCCAUAUGGUCAUAAUCCUGAAUCAUCUUAUGAGCACAAUCCUGGAAUAUCAUAUGGAUAUAAACCUGAUACCCCUUUUGGGCAUAGUUCACAAGAAGGUGGUGAAUCAAUGGAUGAAUUUCCAAGCUUGUAUCGCCAAAUGGAAUUGGCUAAACCAAUAAAAAUACCAGGCUCGUUUGAUGCUCUUGUAAAUGCUGAUCCAUCUUUUUUAAGAAACGUGGGAUCAUUUGAGCUUUCAAACCCAGCCGAAUCCUCGGGAAGAGUGUCAGUGAGCAACGACGAUAAGCAACCAAAAUCCUUUGCUGUCUCAAAAGGAGCUGGGGAACUUAUCCAAAAACAUGGAGAUGGGGUCAGUCGAAUCAUUUACAAUAAGGGAUCCCACACCGACAGUGAAGCUUACGACGAGUCAAAGAAGGUAGAAGAAUUCCAAGCUCAAGGAAGUCAGCCAGAAGGAACGAAAGUAGAAGUUGACAAGUCACCUGAAAAUAAGGAUAAACCAGAGAAAACUGCGACGUAAAUUCUAGAGCAUUCGUGGUAGAAGAGAUGACAUUAAAACUUCAAGCAGAAUUCAACUCUCUGUGCAAUAAACUAAAAGCAUUUAAAAACUAUUAUAGUCAAGCUAAAUUAACUUGUGUGAUAGCCUCAAAUUGCACGUACUGAUGAAGAUUCAUGCAUUUUUAUUUUUUGUUGAAAUAAUUAUAGGUAUAAUGCGCCUUUAAAGUUAUGCAGAGGUGUUAAGUACGCCAAUACUCUUACUGAAUUAUAACGUUACAUUUUUGAGAGACUACUUCUCAGGAUAGACCUCAUUCAAAACGACAAGUUCUCUGAUUUGAAAUUAUUUUCCGAAGAAAUUCAAGUCAUUCAGAUCAACUGCUUACACAUCUUUCAUCCACUCAAGCAUAAUUAUGCAACUUACCACAGGAAAAUGUUUAUUUAUCACGAAGUGCUUCUAAAAACAUUUUGCUAUUUAAAAACAUUUAAAAUAAAAAUAUGUUAAAAUAUGUAUAUAAUAACAAUAAUAUUUUCAAUAAUUUUCUUUUUUAAAAAAUGAAUUUGUUGCUUGAUUUUAGAUUUAUUGCCACUUUUGUAUAUAGUUCCCAAUAUAGUUUUCUCUUAAAGAGCAUAAACUAUAUUUAUUGUAAAUAGAGUUACAGUAUAUUUUUUGUAUAGUUUUUUUUUAAAUA